AUGAAUAAAAAUUUCAAUGGCAACCAAAAAAAAAAAAGAGGUAACAAAAAUGACAUAAGAAAAUAUGAUUUCAAUAAAAAGAAUAAGAGUUUUAAAUCUAAGAAGGCAAAAUUAAAGAAGAAGUUUCCUAUAAUAAACAAAUGGAAAAAUAAAAAUAAUAACAUAAAUGUAAAGGAGGAAAGCAGUAAGAAAUUUAACAAUAAUACAAAAGAUAAUAGUAAAAAAAAUGCAUAUGAUAUUGAGCAUAUGCUAGAUAAUAUAAUUGAAAGUAAAAUAAAUUUAAAAAAAAUAGAUGAAAAUUUUAUAAUUAAUUUAAAAACCUUAUAUGAUAUAAACAGUUUGUGGAUUUUAUUAAAAAAAAACAUAGAGCAUAUAGUUUUAAAAUAUGUUUUAAAAAAAAAAAAAGAUAAGUUACAAUAUGAUAAUAUAAAUUUCUAUAUUAAAAAAUUACAAAAAAAAAAAAUUAAUGAAACAAAAACAGAAAAAGAAAAUUUAAUAAAGCAUGAUGAAGAUAAGGGUAAUAAAAAUGUCUUUCAGCAAAAAUUAUUUUUUAUUGGAAAGGAAGAUACACUUUUUGAGUUUGAUGAGGAAAAAAAUGAAAAUGUAUUAAAUUUCAAACAAUGGAAGAAUAAAAUAAAAUUACUAUUAAAAAGUAGAAUGCUACAUGAGGUAAGAGAUGGAAAUAAUGAAGAAAAAAACUUUGUAGAAAAAAAUUUAGAUUACAAUAAUAUACCAAUAUAUUUAAAACGGGUGUAUAAUAUAAGUGAUGAAAAAGAUAAAUCAAUCAAUAACAUAAAUUUAAAAUUAUUAUUAAAAAAGAAGAUAAACAUAAAUGAUAUAUAUAAUUUACUUUAUGAUAUUGGCUUAAAUAUAAUAUAUUCUAAUUAUAAAAUUUUUAUAGAAAAGUUUUCGGAAGAUGAAGAGAAAAUACAUUUAGAAAUAAUUCACAAUAAGAAUAAUAUUUUUAGUGAUAGAGCUAAUAAUAUUGUUGUAUUAAUUAAAAAAAAUCCGUUAGUUUAUAUUGUUUAUGCAAAAACAUUAAUUGAUUUCUAUCAAAAAAAGGAAGAUGUGUUUAUUAAAAAAACUAUUUUAGAAUGCCUAAAGCAUAUAUUCUUAUUUGUUUUACCGAAUGACAAUCUACAAAAUAUUCAUGAAAACAAUAAAGACAUUAUGAAUUAUAUUUUAAAUAUAUUAUUUAAUAGAUUUAAUUUUAAAGAAUAUAAUUUUUCUUCUUUCUAUUUCUUUUUUAAUGCUUUAAUUUAUCUUUAUACAUUUGAAAAUUUUACCAAGAAAUUAUUUUUGCAAUAUAUUUUUAUUUUAAAAAAUGGUAUGUACAGCUUGAUACCAAGCAUGUUUUACAUCUCUGCAAAAAAUAUAAAUGAAUUUUGCUUAAAGAAAAAAGAAAAUAAAUAUGCAAAUUUAAAUUUAAUAUUGGAAGGAUAUUUGACACUUAAAAAAGGAAAUCCUUUAUUAUUAAAUUUUUUAAAACACAUUAUAACAAUAGAUAAUUUAAGAAGAUAUAUUACUUUUUUCUUAUUUGAAAAAAUUUUAUCAAAUUUGAGAUUUUGUGUUGAUAACAUUGUUUUGUCAUUAAAAAGUACAGAAAGACAAAAAAAUAUAUGUGAUAAAUUAAAAAAUGAUAUCUUAAGUAUUAACAGAUGUUUAUAUAUUUUAUAUAGAAUUAAAUGUAAUUCCUUUAACGAUGUAACUGAAAAUAUUAUUUAUUUUUCAACUUACCUUUUUGAAAUUUUUUCAAGAAAUGUUUAUGAAUUAUAUGAUAAUAAAAAUGUAUUUUUAAAUGAAUGGAAUAUAGAAAAAAUGAGUUACAUAAAAUACAAUGACGAAUCAGAUACUUUAAAAAAUGGUAUUAGACUAAAUAUUGAUAAUGGAAAAAAUAUUGAAAAGGAUAAUACAAAGGAAAUAAAUGAAGAUAAUAAUUGUAAUGGUAAUAUUGAUAUGUGCAUUAAGAAUGAAAGCAAUUAUAACAGUAGUAAUUGUAUAUAUGAAUCAAAAAGUUCUUUAUGUAUUGUUAAUAAUGCAUCUAUAAACGGAAAUGAAGAAGGCUCAGUUAAUAAUGAAAAAACGGAUAUUAUUAAAAAUGAAGAAAUAUAUAUAGGAGAUAAUGAGAUGAACAUAUAUAAAACAAAAGAAAUGAUUGAUCUUAAAAAUGAUGAAAAUGUGACUAAUGAAUGUAAUAAUGACACAACAAAUGGGGAUAUUAACGAAAAGAAGGAGAAUAAUUUAAAAAAUGUUACAGAUUUAAAAAAAAAAAAGAAAGAAAAAAAAAAAAAAAUGGAAAAAAAUGUUUUCCAUAAGAAUUGUAUGUAUGCUUACUUGAGUAAAAAAGUUCUUAAAUUAUUAUCUAGUAUUCUAGUUAAAAAUAUAUAUUUUAUAAUAUAUAAUAAAUGCUUAUUAUUGAAAAAUCAGAAUAAUGGCUACAUAAAUAAAUCAACAGAAAAUAAAUAUUUGCAUAGUUUGAAUUUCCUUUCCUUUCUAAAAGUUAUAAAUAGUGUUGAUUCUUAUAAAAUUAAAAUAAAUUUUCUAAUUAUUAUGUUUCUUUUAUUGUAUUCUUCUAAUCAAAUAGAUGAUAAUACAUAUUGUUAUUUUUAUAGCAUAUUAAAAAAUUUAAAUUAUUAUGAAAGUGAAUAUACAUACAAUUUCUUUGGAUUAUUGACAGUAUUAAUUUUAACUGAUAAUAAUUUUAUGAGAAAUGUUAGUUUUAUAAAGAGAAUUUUUCAACAUAGUAUUCAUUCAAAAGAAUCAUAUGCUCAAUUAUUUUCUUUAAUGAUGUUACGAUAUUUAGUAUUAAAAAAAAGUGUUUUAAUAAAAUUUUUAUAUAAUGAUGAAAAUAAAUUGUAUUGGCAAAAUUUGGAUUAUGUAAAAAAUUCUUAUAUAUCAAAGUUUAAUAAAUAUCAUAAAGAGGAAGAUAAAAUAAUUAAUGAUCAAACUUUUUCAUAUAACAAAUCAGUAAAUAAUCCUAUAGAUUCAAAUUCUGUAUUAACACAUCUUUAUGAGUUUUAUAAUCUAUCAUCCUUGUUAAAUGACAAUUUUAAAAAUAUUUUGCUUGAAUUUAGAAAUAUAACAAUUUUUAAUUAUAAUCCGUUUCAAAGAAAAAAAUUUAAUAUAAUUAAAAACAGUCUCAAUAAUAAAUAUAUUAAUGAUAAAAUAUUUUCUGUUCAAAAAAAUAAAAAUGAUAUAACUCUAAAGGAAGAUAAUGCUCAAGAGUUGACAAAUGAAAAUAACAAUAAUGAUAUUAUUAAUAUUAAUGAUAAUAAUAAUAAUCAGGAUGAAAAAAAAAAUGAUGAUGAUAUAAUUAUUAAUAUAAAGAAGAAUAACAAUAAGAGAAAAGAUGGAAUGGACCAUAUAAUUAAGGAUUUAAAAAAUGAUGAUUCUUUGGAUUUUACAAAUAAAAAGGAAACACUUAAUUAUUAUUAUAAUUAUUCAUAUGAAACGAAUACAGUUAUUAAUAUUUUGGAAAAAUUAACAAUAGAAUAUAAAAAUGCCAAAGAUCAGGUGAAUGUUUUAAACAUUUUUAAUAAUUUUUUACAUGAUUCUUGUAUUAAUGAAAAGAGUGAUGGAGUAAAUGAGAUGAAUAUACGAAAAUCCAAAUUAAUGAAUAAUGCAUAUCAGAAAUACUUUUAUGAUAUUUUAUAUUAUUAUAAUAAUAAUAGUUUUAAGAAAUUUAAAGAUAAAUAUCAAAUUAAAAAAAUAAAACCAAGUGAUGAUGGAGCAUCAUCAUCUAUCGAUGAGGAGCAAGAAGAGGAUGAAUUUUUAGAUAAAUUUAUAACUAAAAAUUUUGAUAUAGAUAAAGAUUUAGGUGAUGAUAUUUUUUAUGAUAACAAGGAAAAUAAAAGUAAAAGGAAAAAAAGAAAAAUGAAUGAAGAAAGAAGUUCCAAAUAUAAAAAUUCAAGAAGUUCCCAUAAGAAGCAACAUACUGCAAAAAAAAGUGAAUCCACCGAUAUAUUAGACUUUUCAGAUUUUGCCAAAUUAAAAAAAAAGAAAUGA